GGGCGACAACUCAAUAUUGGAGAAUGUCCACUUUCGAAGUAAUAUAUCAACCAUUUUUUCAUACAUGCUCAUUUCACACUGCCUCUGAAAAGAAUGUGUCUGACCUAAUAUUUGCAAAGUAUAUUUUUUAACUGUGGACUUAAGACGAUUUCUGAGAAAUAUGCAGGGAUUGACUAUUCAGAGACUUGGACUUAGAAUUAAAAACACCUGGGUAACUGAUGGUCUAUCAGAGAUCCUGUGUACAUUCAUUCUUGCUUUGUUUGUUUACGCGUCCGGUGCCCAGGACAUGUUAACAUAUGGUGCUGCAAGUUCAACGCCCGGGAAAGCUCUGGCAUCAGGUGCUGGACUGACAAUAGCUGUAUAUGCUGGAAUGAAAGCGUCAGGUGGAAGUGCAAAUCCAAAUGUGUCCUUAAUGUUUUGUCUGCUAGGAAAGAUGAAAUGGAAGAAAUUACCUCUGUAUAUUGUAUCAGAAUUUAUUGGUGCGUUUCUCGCAGCCGUUGUAGCCUACUUUAUUUAUGAAGAUCUAAUCAUUGCAUAUGAAGGUUCUACAGAUCGUAUACAUGCCGGCAGCAUAAAUUCAACAGCAGCAUUGUUCACAUCGUUUCCACAUCCCAGAAUUUCAAAAACAACUGGAUUUUUUGAUGUUACACUGGGAACAGCUCUCCUAACUGGUGCUAUAGCGGCUAUUGCCGACCCCUUCAAUGCUGGCACUUCUAGAGCACUUAUACCACUCGUGUUUACACCAAUGUUGUACGGUAUAGUCAUGACUUUUGGAGUAAACACCGGUGCCGCUAUCAACACAGCCAUAGACCUUUCCGGAAGGACGUUUGCAUAUGCCAUUGGCUAUGGACCUGAGGUGUUCACACAUGCCAACAACUGGUCAUGGGUCCCGCCAGUUGCCGGAAUUACUGGUGCCGUCACUGGUUCCUUUGUUUAUCAGCUGAUGGUCGGGAACCACCUGCCAAUGGAAACAGUUUAUCCCGCUGACGUCACUGUCCAGAAGGAGAUCCCUGAUAUUCGGAAUGGAACCCCUGUAGAUUUAAAAGAAUAUAAAUCAACAUUAUCAAUGGACUCCAUUAAAACAGUUUCAACGGUUGUUGACAGUUAGUGUCGUUUUUUAGUUGUAAAUAUUGGAGGUUUUUACAUUUAUUUUAUUACAUGUACAAUUUUAUAUUAACAGUGAUGUUUUCAAUAAAAGAAUUUAAACUCG